AUGAAGCGAGUCGCAACUGCUCUUGUCCUACUCAUCGGGUUUGGAGAUAAGGCUGAGUGUCGGAAGAGUGCCACUAUGGUCCAGAGUUUUGACGAUAUCAAGCCUUCGGCUGAGCUUGUCUGGACACCAUGCUUCGACAAUUUCACUUGUUCCAGACUCAAAGUCCCACUUGACUACUCCAACCCGGAUCUUGGCACAGCACCCAUUGCUUUCAUGAAGCUUGCUGGGAAGAAUGCCACCUCUGAUUCCCAGAGCAUCGAAUACAAAGACCAAGUGGGACUGAUGUUUGGCGAAACGUAUAAUUUUGUCGGCUUAGACCCCCGUGGCGUAGAGAGGAGCGGUCCAAAGAUCGACUGUUUCCAAAACAAGGAAGCACGAAAAGCAUUUAACCGAGUACACUACACUGGCGCCACGAACACGUCCACCAACUCAUUCGAGGAACAAUACUAUUCAGCUGAGAUCUACAGCGACUUGUGCAACGAGGAAGUCAAGACGAAAUCGCCAUAUGGCUAUUAUGUCACCAGUCCAGCGGUUGCGCGAGACAUUCUCACCUUUAUCGAGGCAGACGCAAAGUUAGCAGGCCAUGAACCUUCCGAGGCCAAGCUCUGGGGCUUUGGCAACAGCUACGCGUCUGUUAUUGGUACCACUUUUGCAUCCAUGUUCCCUGGCCGCGUUGAAAGAUUGAUCCUUGAGAGUGUCUUGGACGUCGACCAAUACUACGAGAACAACUGGCGCAGUAACUUUAUUGACUCGGAUAAAGCGUUUGAGCAGUUUUCUGUUCGAUGCCAUGCUGCAGGGCCAGACUUGUGUGCUUUCUGGGGACCCACGCCGGAGAACAUCACGGCUAGAAUUGACACGCUGAUCCGCGAUAUCUCAAGUCACCCCAUUCCAGUCAGUGGAAUCGGCGGCCACGCUUUGCCAGGACUCGCCACAUACUCGGACCUCAAGUCCCUUAUAGCAUACGGAAUUUAUGAACCGCGUACCUACUUCCCCAUCUUUGCAGAUAUUUUUGCUGAGCUGGAGAGUGGUAACGCCUCUGCUCUAAUUGGGUGGUCAGAGAAGUUAUACCUGGCCAGCGAUGUGGAUGUCAUCAUCCGAUGUGCGGACUCGUACAGGAACAACAAGCUUGUCACUCUCGAGGACUGGAAAGACUACGUUGAAGACUCCGUGUCUCGCAGCAAGUAUAUUGGGGACGUGUUCCCGAUCUGGGCGAGAACAAUUCUAUGUCGGUCGCUUAAACCACGAUUGCCUGACAGCAUGAUGUUGCAAGGCCCAGUUACUGGAAUCAACAAGCCCAUGUCUUUUCCGAUCCUAUUCACAAGCAACACCCUUGAUCCUGUCGCUCCUGCAGCCAAGUAUGUCAUUCAGUUAUCUGCUCAUGAGAUGGCUUCCCGGUUCCCGGGAUCGGUUGUUCUCUUGCAGGAAUCCGUUGGCCAUCCCGUUACUCGAGAGGGAGGGUCUCCUUGUUACUAUGGACACAUUCAGGGAUAUCUCCAAGGCGUAGUUCCACCUGCGAAUAUCACCUGCCCACAGAAGUACUUUCCAUUCAUCGAUUAA